UACCUUGUCCACGUCACUCCUUUCCUUCAACUGCCGGAACUCCUCCUCUGACACUGAUGUAACGUUAGAGAAGUGGAAAAUGGUGGUUGGGAGAAGAAUGCUGCUGCAAUGGCUGAUGAUUACGGCGGCGUUGACGUUGCAAUUAGCAAUCCUCGCCGGCGGCGAGUAUUUCAAGCCGUUUAAUGUCAGUUACGAUCACAGAGCUGUAAUUAUUGACGGAAAACGUCGUAUGCUCAUCUCCGCCGGAAUUCACUACCCUCGGGCCACUGCUGAGAUGUGGCCAGAUCUUAUAGCAAAGAGCAAGGAAGGAGGAGCAGAUGUAAUUGAAACAUAUGCAUUCUGGAAUGUUCAUGAACCAAUUAAAGGACAGUACAACUUUGAAGGCAGAUACGACAUUGUCAAAUUUGCCAAGCUAGUUGGUUCAAGUGGACUCUAUCUCCUUCUUCGAAUCGGUCCUUAUGUUUGUGCAGAAUGGAACUUUGGGGGAUUUCCAGUUUGGCUGCGAGAUAUCCCUGGUAUAGAAUUUCGGACUGAUAAUGCACCCUUCAAGGAGGAGAUGCAGCGGUUUGUUAAAAAGAUUGUGGAUCUAAUGCGAGCAGAGUCACUCUUCUCAUGGCAAGGUGGUCCUAUCAUUAUGUUGCAGAUUGAAAAUGAAUAUGGAAAUGUUGAGAGCUCUUUUGGUGCUAAAGGGAAAGCUUAUAUGAAAUGGGCUGCUGAAAUGGCUGUUGGCCUUGGUGCUGAUGUUCCAUGGGUCAUGUGCAAGCAAGUUGAUGCGCCAGAAUACAUUAUAGAUGCCUGCAAUGGGUACUACUGUGAUGGUUUCAGGCCAAAUUCCCAGAACAAACCGAUGCUUUGGACCGAAAAUUGGGAUGGAUGGUAUACAAGUUGGGGAGGGAGACUCCCACACAGGCCUGUUGAAGACAUUGCUUUUGCUGUUGCUCGUUUCUUUCAACGUGGUGGAAGCCUUAUGAAUUAUUAUAUGUUUUUUGGUGGGACAAAUUUUGGACGUACUUCAGGGGGCCCAAAUCAGAUUACUAGUUAUGACUAUGAUGCUCCAAUUGAUGAAUAUGGACUGCUAAGCCAACCUAAAUGGGGUCAUUUGAGAGAUCUACAUGCUGCUAUAAAGCUAUGUGAACCUGCUCUUGCUGCUGCUGAUUCAGCUCAUUAUAUUAAAUUGGGGCCAAAGCAGGAGGCACACGUGUACCGUGGAAACAUAAGGAGCCAUGGCCAAAAUAUAUCCUUGUAUGAGAUCUGCUCGGUGUUUCUUGCCAACAUUGAUGAACAUAAAUCAGCUUCAGUGACAUUUCUUGGUCAAGUAUAUACUUUGCCACCUUGGUCCGUGAGUAUCUUACCAAACUGCCGAAACACAGCUUUCAACACUGCCAAGGUUGCGGCCCAAACUUCCAUAAAAACAGUCAGGUUUGAUGUUCCCUUUUUAAAAGAUGGUUCUUUUUUGGCACAAUCAACAAUCCAGGAAAAGGUAGCACACAUCUCAGAAUCCUGGUUGAGCUUGGAAGAGCCCAUUGGUGUGUGGGGUGACAACAAUGUCACUUUCCAAGGCAUCCUAGAACAUUUAAAUUUGACAAAAGACUUAUCUGACUAUUUAUGGUAUACAACCAGGGUAUAUGUAUCUGAUGAAGACGUCUUGUUUUGGGAGAAGAAUGAAAUUAGACCAACACUUAAGAUUCAUAGCAUGCGUGAUAUGGUUAGAAUAUUCAUAAACGGCAAACUUGCAGGUAGUGCAAAAGGAAAGUGGAUCAAGGUGGUGCAGCCUGUUCAACUUACUGAAGGAUACAAUGACAUAGUCCUCUUAUCCCAAACUGUGGGUUUGCAGAACUAUGGUGCCUUCCUUGAAAAAGAUGGAACAGGGUUCAGGGGUCCAAUCAAACUCACUGGCUGUAAAAGUGGGGAUGUUGAUCUUACUAACUCAUUCUGGACUUACCAGGUUGGGCUUAAGGGUGAGUACGAGAGAAUAUAUGCUCCUGAUCAAAGCAUGAAUUCCAGAUGGAAUGAGUUGCCUCAUGGUGCAAUGUCAUCCAUCUUUUCUUGGUACAAGACACAUUUUGAUGCUCCUGCUGGGACAGAUCCAGUUGCUCUUGAUUUAAGCAGCAUGGGAAAAGGUCAGGUUUGGGUAAAUGGCCACCACAUAGGAAGAUAUUGGACUCUUGCUGCUCCCAAAAAUGGUUGCCAACAAACCUGUGAUUAUCGUGGUGCUUAUGAUUCUGAUAAGUGUGCAACUAACUGUGGGGAACCAACUCAAGUCUGGUACCACAUUCCAAGAUCAUGGUUGCAGAAGUCUGACAAUUUAGUCGUCAUCUUUGAGGAAACAGAGAAGACUCCAUUUGAUGUGUCUAUUAAAUUACGCUUCUCAGAAACCAUUUGUGGUCAAGUGUCAGAGAAACACUAUCCACCUCUAGAUAUAUGGUCUGAUCCAGAGAUCAAAGAUGGAAAACUGUCAGAGAGUGAUAUGGCACCUCUAAUGAACUUGAAGUGUGAAGAUGGCUAUUCAAUCUCCUCGAUAGAAUUUGCAAGCUAUGGGACUCCUAAAGGCAGGUGCCAGGUUUUUGCGUUAGGAAGCUGCCACGCAUCCAACUCUCUGUCUUUGGUUUCUGAGGCUUGUAAGGGAAGAAACAGCUGUUCUGUUCAAGUGUCGAAUGCUGUGUUCGGAGAUCCAUGUCGAGGUACUGUCAAGACGUUGGCUGUCCAGGCUAGGUGCUCAUCAAGUUCCAGUAGCUCUUCAGCUAUGAAGUGAUGAGAACAUGCAACAUGAUUAAUUAAGCUCCCUGCUGUGAGCCUAUCAUGCAGCUCUAAGGCAACAGCAAAAAAGAAAGAAAGAAAUUUCUUGUGAGUACAAGAGUUGGAUGGUAGUAGUAUGUUCUUUUUCUCGUAUGACUUGACUGCGCUGCCCUAAAUUCACAGAAAACCAAAUGCUGCACCAACUUGUAUGCUUUUAAAGCUAAACAAUUAUCGGUGCGAUGAAUUGAACAUUUCCAGAUAUUUCCCCCUAUUACAGUCACGAUUUAAAAGUUGAAGGCCAUCCACCAACACUGUUGUUGGCUAUGGGUGUUUACCCUCUUGGAGAUAUUUCUAUCAUUGUGCAGGAAGUUGCUUGAUCACAGAGCCAUUACACUUCCCGGGCGAACUUGUGUGGGGGAAUGAUGAAAAACCAUACUCGGGUUUAUGAAUUCGAUACUGGAAUGCAAACCAAACACCUCCCAUAUGACCUUUGGGUGUGUCUGUAAGUUUGAUCACUCACUUGCAAUGGCAAUAAGUAUGGGCAUUGUACGCCUAGUGAUGUGUAGUUAUAAAAAGGAAAUACAAAUAAAUAAAUAAAUUUGGUAUUAAUAGAUUUUACUCUUUUUAUUGGGCAAGUUUGGCC